CAGCCGUAAAGCAGCGCCCGAGAUCACGUGGGUUUGGGUGCCAGGCGCCCUUGCGGCGUCUCAUGCAAGCGGGUCAUGGCCGGCCCGGUGCGGGGCGCAGCAGGGCCCUGGGCCCUGGACCUGCUUCGGGCCCUGCCUCGUGUGAGCCUGGCUAACCUGAGGCCGAACCCGGGCUCCAGGAAACCGGAAAGACGGCGAAGAGGUCAGAGAAGAGGUAGGAAGUGUGGCAGGGGCCACAAAGGAGAACGGCAGAGAGGAACCCGGCCCCGGCUGGGCUUUGAAGGAGGCCAGACUCCAUUUUACCUUCGAAUCCCCAAAUACGGGUUUAAUGAAGGACACAGCUUCAGACGCCAGUAUCAGCCUUUGAGUCUCAAUAGGCUGCAGUACCUGAUUGACCUGGGCCGCGUCGAUCCCACACAACCUAUUGACUUAACCCAGCUGGUCAACGGGCGAGGUGUUACCAUCCAGCCAUCUAAAAGGGACUGUGGAGUCCAGCUGGUAGAGGAGGGCGCUGACACCUUUAAGGCAAAAGUUAACAUAGAAGUUCAGCUGGCUUCUGAGCUGGCCAUCGCUGCCAUUGAGAAGAACGGGGGUGUCGUCACGACCGCCUUCUACGACCCACGAAGCCUGGAAAUUCUAUGCAGACCCAUCCCAUUCUUUCUCCGUGGACAGCCCAUUCCCAAGCGGAUGCUCCCCCCCGAGGCGUUAGUCCCCUACUACACUGACGCGAGGAAUCGAGGCUACCUGGCAGAUCCCGCCAGGUUUCCCGAAGCGAGACUGGAGCUUGCCAAGAAGUAUGGCUAUAUUUUACCUGACAUCACUAAAGACGAACUCUUCAAAAUGCUCAGUACUCGAAAGGAUCCACGGCAGAUUUUCUUUGGUCUGGCUCCCGGAUGGGUGGUGAACAUGGCAGACAAGAAGAUUCUGAAACCUACGGAUGAGAAGCUGCUUGAGUACUACAGCUCCUGAGCUCCGUCCAGGGGAGCCAGUGGUAGGAGGGCACUGGAAGGGGUGGUGACGCGUGUCUCCCACUGCAUCGGCUCAGUUUGUGUUUCUGAGGAGGAUGAUGUUUUCUGUGUAAUCACAUCUUUUUUUUUUUUUUUUUAAUCAAAAUUAAAAAUACAGUAAGCAAGAACUACAUGGAAGAUGUGGAUCUGUGUGUGUCUCAGCAACCUGAGCUCGCUGGCACACUGCCCGAGGGAGUGGGCAGCUCUUAGACCAUUUCCCCUUGAGUUUUCCAUCAUCUUCCCAUUCAGGUCUUGUCUUAUUGUUGCAAAUCAGAAUGAAUGCAGAUGGGCUGGGCUUGCUUUGUUGUCCUCUCGGUCGGUCGGGGUCCGAGGGCUGCUGAUGAGCUGCUGUGCCUCUUGGUUAGCCCUGAGGAACCUCUUACCCAGAGUUGAGACAGUAAACCUUCAACCCAGACUGAUGAAGUUGCUGGAUGUGAGUGUAAGGCUGGUGAAUAGUUUCUAAGUAUUGCAGUAUUUGCUGGCAAGAUUGAAAUGAAAAUUCCAAGUGAAUUCAUUUUUCUCAGCUCUGGCAAAGCUGUCAAAAAUGAUCAAGCCAUUAACAUUUUUUCUUUGAAGAAGGUAGAUGUUCCAAUUGAUACAAUUUUACUUAUUUCCUAGACUUUGGAAACCUUUGUUUUGCAGUCAUUUUAAAUGAUUUUGAAGAAAACGGUCAGUGGUUAUAUAAGAAAUAAGAACAGUUGGUAACGUGAAAAUUAAACUGUUAAUGUAAAAGGUUUAGCAGUCAGUGAGCUUUUUUAGCUUUGCAAAUAUCUGUUGUAUCUAAACCACGUGGAGGCUUAAUUUAUCCUGAUGCAAUUAAAUCUUGAAUAAUUCCUGGUAAUUCUAAAGUAGAAUUAAAAUGAUUCCUGUUUAUUUUAUUAAAAAUUUUUUUUAGAAACCUAAACAGUGCAUUAUUUUGUCAAUUUAUCUACCUCAGAUACUGCUGGUAUAAUAUUUAGUCGAUGAAGUAAUUUAUAUACCAAGAGCAUAUUUCAGUUUAUGUAGGAUUAUUUAGUUUGGCUUGUUAUUAAGCCAUUUCAUAGUAUCCAGAACUCAUAAGAAUCAGUACUAGGAUUACCUUCUCUGAUAGUCACCUGUGAGUUUCAGAGGAUAGGCAACAAUUGUAAAACACGCUUUUAUUUCCAGGAGACCCAGUGACAAGAGCUGGCAGUGUUGGGAUUAGAUUUGGCUCCACUGAUUGGAGCCCCAGGUCUCAGUGGCUUGAAGGAGAUCAGGUUUCUUGUUCUCUGAAGUGAAGUGUGGCAAUCGCUGUAGGGUCGACUGGUCUCUCAGUUGCUGGCUUCCCCCAGUCCUAGAGAGAGAUGCAUCUUUAGAACCCAAAUAGAAUCCCCACAGAGCUGCUUUCCCCAAGACGAGUCUGGAAGCUGCCACACAAAACCUGCACUACACCCAUACCCCUGGCCAAAGCUUGGCUACAGCCCUUUUCUAACACAAGGGGCUGAAGUCUUUUCUUUGGCAGCUUGUGUUCUCAGCUGAAAAACCCUGUUGUGAUGGGUGAAUCACAAGUGGAAAUGUUGACAACCAGCAGUGGGGGUUGACGCCUCCUGGUAUUGACCAAACUUCAACCCUGAGGUUAAUUGACUUAAAUUAGACAAACAUCAAAAAAAGUGCAGAAUUCAUUAUUUCUGUGCUUAAUAGUAGGGGUUUCUGAGGUGGCUCAGUGGUAAAGAACCUGCCUGCUAACACAGGAAGGUGCAGGAUGCGUGGGUUUGAGUCCUGGGUCAGGAAGAUCCUUCGGAGGGAGAAAGGGCAACCCAUUCCAGUAGUCUAUCCUGGAGAAUUCCAUGGACACAGGACCCUGGUUGGCUGCAGUCCGUGAAGUCACAAGAGAGUUUGCAUGACUGAGCAUACAAAAGCAUGUGCUUAAUGGUAUAUUCACUGUUCUGUUCAGUAAGUUAUAAAACUAAGUGAUCAAUUUAUCAAUCUGGGUAAGAACGAUGUUUUGGAAGGAGAGUGAUAAUAAAGAACCAGACACCAUC